AAUUUCAACAGGAAUAAUUAAGAUUUGGAAUAUAUUUUGGUGGUGGGAAAUUGUGGUCACAGAGAAAGAUGGAAAGCAGAGUGGUAUUUGAGAGUGAUCUGAACCUCAAGGCAACAGAACUUAGAUUAGGGUUGCCAGGGACAGAGGAAAAGGAAGACAAGAACCUGCGUACACAUAUGCUGUUCUUAGAAGAAAAACAACAAAAGACAAGUGCCGUGAAAACUUCUCAAGACUCCAUUUCCAUUUCCAAUUGCCCAAUGACUUCACAUCAACCAACCAACACGGCAAAGAUAGUGGGGUGGCCACCAAUCAGAUCCUACAGGAAGAACAGUGUGCAGGAGGGCGAGGGGGAUGGGAUCUUUGUGAAAGUGAGCUUGGAUGGAGCACCUUACCUCAGAAAAAUUGACUUGAAAGUCUACAGGGGUUAUCCAGAACUACUCAAAGCUUUAGAAACCAUGUUCAAGUUGGCCAUAGGUGAGUACUCUGAAAGAGAGGGUUAUAAGGGGUCUGAAUAUGCUCCUACGUAUGAAGACAAGGAUGGUGACUGGAUGCUAGUUGGAGAUGUUCCAUGGGACAUGUUGACUUCUUGCAAAAGGUAA